AGGAAGCUCCAGAGAAGCUUCCUCUCCAGAGAAAAGAAGCACGCCUUAACUCUCAUGGAAUAAAGAGGUAAAAACCUGCCUCUGGAGGCCCUUAAACCAAAGUGUUAUUUCCUCCUGUCUCAAAUGACCAAAGGAAUCAAACAGGUCCUUGAUAAAGGCUCUAAGAACUCCUGGAAUUCCAUCUGUCCCUGGGACAAGUCUGGUGAUUUUCUGUGGCUGAAACCCAUUCCUCCACCCGAGGGGCCAGCUCAGUCCAGCCUUUCCUGGCAAUCUCAGGAUAAGAUCAAGAGUGUCCGGCUGCUGCGGAAAGAGGUUCUGCAGAACAUCUCGGAUGCUGAGAGCUGUUACCUCAUCCGUGCCUUGCUGAACUUCUACUUGAAUACCGUUUUCAAAAACUAUCAUAAGAAGGCAGCUGAAUUCAGGAUCCAGAAGUCAUUCUCUACUCUGGCCAACAAUUUUAUUGUCAUCCUGUCAAAACUGCAACCCAGUCAGGAGAAGUUUUCCACUAGUGAGAGUGCACGCAGGCGGUUCCUGCUGUUCCAGGGAGCAUUUAAACAGUUGGACAUAGAAGCAGCUCAGACCAAAGCCUUUGGAGAAGUGGACAUUCUUCUGACCUGGAUGCAAAAGUUCUACCAGCUCUAGAUGCCUGGACCG